UAUAGAUGAAAGAUCAAAAUUGGUGAAGAACAUUAAAAGAAUAGAAUAACUUGUUGUAAUAACGCUGAUUAAAGUAUCACUUGUGCUAUGAUUGUCUUGAUUCAAUAAACAACAGUACAGACGUGGUAGUUGUGAAUUAGUCAAGUGAUUCAAUUCGAGUUAGUUACCUACAGUAUAAAGUCAAUCACAGAAAACACAACAACAAGUGCAGAUUUAAAUGAAUCAGAGAUAUAAAAUUUUCCUUCUAUUGUUGAUUAUCAUCAUUUUCAUCAUUUAACAUGUUAUCUCUUCAUAAUAAAUCAAAAUGAGAAUUAUCAUCCAUAUGUAAUUUGACUCUGUAAACUUUGAGAUCUGAUUCAACGUUUGAUUAUAUAUUCAACACUUAGUAAUCUGCAUAACAGAAUAAGUCGUCUAUUAGAAUAUAGCAAAUUAUGCUGACUUUCUUGUCUACACGUGAUCCAUUAACAUCCUUAUUCUCAUGAUAAUGAUGAUGAUGAUGAAUGAAGAAUUUAGAGUUUAAGUUCAUUUCUUUCUUGAAGUUAUGAGUAACAGCAAUUGUAUGCUCCCGAGUCUAUCGAAUAACCUUGUUGAAGGUCAAAAGAGUAAUAAUAAUAAUAACGAUGACAGUAAUGCAUCUGAUGAAGGUGAUAAUAUUCCAGAAGAUCAAUCAAUCAAUAAUAAUCCAUCUUAUUCUCUUAAUCAUAAUUUACAAUAUGACCAAUGUGAUUCUGUAGAAAUUCUUGAUUUAAGUCUACGUAAAAUGAAAACAUCUGAUACUUCAUCAAUUGAAACACUAUCCCAUUCUUCUUCAUCUUCUUCAAUGACUGCUAAAUAUGAGAUCAGUGAGUUUAAAAUGUCACCGACAAGGUUGUUAAAUGAUUUAUCUAAGUACAAUGAAGAUGAUUUCGGUCAAUUGCAAACUGACUUCAUAGACAACUGUCAGUUAUCUUCAUCUCCUUGUUCAUCUAACACAACUGCUAGUAUCCCAUCAGUAUCCUUUAACACAGAAACCUCUAGAGAAGUAGUCGGUUCAUUUAAUGAUCCUAUAAAUCUUACUACAGCUAUGUUAAAUUUGAAUGCAUUAUUAAAAAUCAACUAUCAAAGGUUAAACGAAAAACGAGAACAAAAUCAACCGAUUAAUUUAAAAUUUUUAUCAGAUAGCAAAUCGCAUUUCAUUAAAACAAGUAUUGUAUCUAGUCUUCCACAUAACCUACAUCGAUCUCUUCCCAUGACCAACAUAAUUCACUGUCAACAACAAAAUACUAGUAAUAAUCAGUAUCAAUCUCAUCAGCAACAUAAUUCAAAUAUAUUACCCUCAUCAGUUAAGCCAAAUAUCAAAUUUCCUACUAUUAAUCCAACAAAUCAUAUUCCUACAUCAAUGCCAUUGACAAUUAAUUUCACUGCCUGGUAUAACCAAUUUCUACAGUCUUUAUGCCAGUCGAUUUUAAGGCAACAGCAUCAACAACGUCAACGACAAUCUGAACAGCAUCAUCGUCGAUGUCAUGAUAACCUACAAGAGGAUGAAGUACAUCGAGAAUUAAACGAAGAAUACAAACUUAGACUAAAUUCUCUUGAUCUACACUGGGAAAGAAUUAAGCCUUCCCAGAAGGUGAACAAUAUAAGUGACAACCACCUACAUUCUCUUAUGUGUGAUGCUUCAUGCGUAUCGGAAGAACAUAGUAAAAUCCCAGGGAGCAUAUCGACCAUAGAUAAAUUAUCUACUGAUAUUAGCAGUCCACAUAAAUGUACUAUCCUUCCAAGUGGUUUGAAGAUGACUCAACACUAUAAAACAACUGAUAACAAAAUCGAGUCAAAUUUAUUGAAUAAAACAAAAUCAUCCUAUCCAUCUUGUUCUUCAUAUUCAUCACCUCUUAAUUCACUGCAUCGUCAUCGAAAUCAUUCUUAUCAUCGUCAUCAAAAAUCGAUCAGUAGUCAUACUAAUUAUAAACUGAUUCAUAAUAAUCGUUGUAUGGAAAGUGAUGAUACUGAUCAUAACGCUACUACUAGUGCUAAUACUACUCCUACUCCUACUACUUCUACUGAUAAUAGUAACAACAAUGAUAAUUUAACUUCAUUAUGUCGUUAUCAAUGUCCGCAUUGUAUGAAGGAAUUUCCUCGCUCUGCUAAUUUAAAUCGACAUUUACGUACACAUACUGGUGAGAAGCCAUAUAGUUGUGAAUAUUGUCAAAGAGGUUUUAGUAUAUCAUCAAAUAUGCAACGUCAUAUUAGAAAUAUUCAUCAACGUGAACGUCCAUUCGUUUGUACAAUAUGUACAAGAGCAUUUGCUCAAAGAACAAAUUUAGACAGACAUAAACGACAUCAUUGGUCACAAUUAACUAAUUUACAACAAAAUGUAUAAACAACUUUAAUUUCUGAAAAAAAGUAGAAGGAAUAAUCAUUCACAUUCCCUGUGUUUUUGUUUUUCAUCAACCAAAUAUCAAUAUUAUAUACAUGUAUGCAUAACAUGUGACGAUGUUGAACACUUGAACAUUGAAAUCAAAAUAUGUUUUUUUUUUAAAAUUUUGCUUUCAAUACAGUGUUGGUUUAUUUUGUUUGCGUAUUUCAUGCAG